GUUGUUCGCAGUUGUUCGCUGUCGUCAGCUGUUGUAUCAGAAGAUAUAAUUCAAUUUAACGUUAAUGGUAAUAAAAUUGCAAAUAUCGUGCAUUAGUAAUAAUGUAUAUUACGACAGAUGAUUCUUUCGUGCCAAAAUCUUUCAUCCUCGAUACGUUUUACGGCGAAUACACUUGCUUCUGUUGGAACGAUGACAAGCUUUCGAUAUUUCCAUACACGGUUGACAGUCCUGUGUCCAUUGACGUUUUGACAGCUCCUGCUCCGAUAAAAAAUAUUCAAUGUUUCGAGGGUCGAAUUUUUGUAAUUUGCAUUCCACAAGGAAUAUAUAAGCUUUCGAGAGAGCGAGAGUUUGCUGUUUUAAGUAAGAGUGCGAUUGGAAUGGGCACUGUUUUUUACGAAGUAUUGACAAUAAGAAAUAAGUAUCUUUAUUUAGAUAAUAAGCAACAGAUGACGAGUAAAUUGUUGCUUCAACUUUCUUUGGAGGAAAGUAAUUUAACGAACUUGUGCAUUUAUCCAAUGAAUUCAAAGAGUGCUACAGAACAGUUUAUAAGGGCUAUAACAAAUAAGGAUUCUAUCAUAGAAAAUUUAUGUGUUAUUGCAGUUGGGAAAAGAGUUUUAAUACUAGCAAGCGAGAGUGUACAAAUAAUAUAUGAUAGCAUUUAUUCUAUUAGAGAUAUUGUACCUGUACAUAGAAAUUCUAAGAUCGAUGGAUUGCUGCUUAUCACUGCUACAGAUGUUGUUAUUGUAAUACAUUCAAAAAAUGAUACGCUUACUUUUGAAAAAAUUUCUUUACGAACAAAUGUACAAGCUAUUUGCGCUAGUUUUAGUCUAUUAACAGAAGAUACCUUGUUACUUCUCUAUUCGGAUGAAUAUAAAUUAUAUUGUGGGAAAAAACUAUUGCUAACAGAUAAUAUCCUAAGGAUAAAAAUUCAAGAUCAAAAUUUUGCUUGUCUGCAAUAUUAUGAUUUCGAAACAAUAUUAGGGCUAACGUUGGACAAACAACUAGUAGCGUUUUCUACGGAUGUAGUGGAAAAGACAUUAUCAGUAGAAAAUGAUACUUUUAUUGACCUUAAUGCAGACAUGUUGAAAAAUACCGAUCUUGUAAUGGAUAAGAUUUAUAAAGGAACUCAAACAUUACAUAGAUUGAACGAAGAAUUAAUAAGGGAAGAAGAUAAGCUCAGAAGAAUAAAUUUAUAUGCUCAUAAACAUAAAGUUAGAUUUUGUCCGAAAUUUACGAUACAUAGAAUAGCUAAUAAAUCGUUUCUGUCUGCAAAUUUUGACAAUAUACUACCAAAGAACAGCUGGAUUAUUCUUAAAUUGACAUUCGAAUGUCAGAAUAUAUAUUGUAUGAAAAAAGUAGUAGAUCAGGAAACUAUAGUUGAUAUACAUAUACCAGAAGGUAAAUCGGUAAAUGUCAUGCAGGUUGCAAUUGAUUUAAUUACUUUGAAAGAUGAAGGAUACUCUUGGUGUCUUAUAAAGAAUUAUGUAACUCAACCUGUCCCUGAAAAGAAUAAGAGAAAAACAAGAUCUGAGAAAACAAAUUUUAUAAAUUCUAAAAUUGCUGCAAUUCAAAACUUAAUUAAAGAGGGGAACAUCGAUAUGAGAAAACUAUCUGAAAUUAAAAAAACUGUGAGAAAGCAAUUUGGCGAAUAAU